UUGAACUCCUGAGUGUGCCAGUCCUCCGCCAUAUUGACUGUUGUCUUGACUGGACGAGAUAGAGAACAUUUUGAGGUCCGAGAAGAAACGAAAGUGCGCUCUUAAAAUAAUCGAAACUGGUGCAAACUUGGCUAAAGCGCAAUAUAAACAUUACUGUAAUGGCAAGGAAGAAAAGCAAGCAGCAAGGGGUUGCCCAGAAGGAGCUUGUGCCUGGACAGCAGAACGCACCGAAGAGCCCUGUCUCUCCGUGUGAUGCAGCUGGCGGUGGUGGCGGAGAUGCUGGGCUGGAAAGGCUGGCCAGCACCAGGGCAAAUCAGCCCAUGCACACCUGCUGCCUCCUGUGCCAUCGAGAGUUUAAGGACUGGGGCGCAGGCUCUGUGAAUGGACUUCCCGGGGGCCAUGGGACAAAGCUGGCUGACGCUGUGCCUGCGCUCUCCCAGGCCUUAUUGCGAGAGGCGCCGGGGCGUAAGCUGGCGGACGCGGUACCCUCGCUGUCUCAGUCCCUACUGGGAGAGGUGCCCCUGUGGAUCUGUCAGAGCUGCUGCAAGAGUGUGGAAGAGGAGGAGAGGCGGAGCACACAGGAACAGUCAAUACCGGUACCAUUGUCACACUCUUCCUCGUGUAAAUCCCAAAGCUGUGGGAACGGUUACCCCGAGCAAAGUACUGUCGACUGGGACCCGAGUUCCUUCCUGUCAGCCCACAAACUGUCAGGUCUCUGGAACUCUGCCCAUACCAACGGAGGAGAGCACUGCAACCACAACACUUCUUCACACUCACAACAAGGUCUGUCAUCACAAGGUGUAACAGCAGGAUCAGCCUGUUAUGAGAAGAGAGGACUUCAUGAAGCGCCUGGAAAAUCUGCUAAAACAUCAGGGCCCAAAGUGUGUCCUUACAGUCACCCGUCAUCCCAGAAUUCCAGUGGGUCUUCUGCUGGGAACCCGCUGUCUACCUCAGCAGACCUUUGUAAGACCACUCCCAAGCACUUCAAGACCAUGUGCCGUCGACCAACGCCACCAGGUGAAGCCUUCCAUCCCAAUGAGCACCAUCAACACACAGACUUGUCGGUACCCCCCAACAGUCCCACCGGCCUUUCUUCCCAGCAUUCCUCACUCCUGCCACCAAAGCCGAACUCUGGCCAGCAUGGCCAUGUAACCUCCUCCUGUGGCACUGGUGUGGCAGCCCACGCUCCAUUUUCCCCACUGGUACCAAAUCUCCAAAUCCCAACAGCCAAACUUAGCUCUCCAAGUCCAGAUAGCCCAACAUCUGUCCAUAAACCCAGCCAAUGUAAAAACUCCCACAUUCCUGCUGUGAACACGCAGCACAGCAAACUGGGCACGUCUCUCAUGGGCUGUAACCACUCCUGUAAUGGACACAGUCCGGGAACAGUGGCCAACUCCAGUGUUGGCCAUUUGACAGCUGGGGCCUGCAGGGAUCAAGCAUGUAAAGGGCACAAAGUGACAAAUGGGACAUUGUGCCACCCUUCGUCAGAGCUGGAGGAGGGGGAGGAUGAAGACAGCAGCUCUGAGAGGAGUUCCUGCGCCUCCUCUUCCACCAACCAGAAGGAUGGGAAGUACUGUGACUGCUGCUACUGCGAGUUCUUUGGCCACAAUGCGCCUCCAGCGGCACCAACCAGCCGAAACUACGCUGAGAUCCGGGAGAAGCUUCGCUCACGUCUAACCCGACGUAAAGAGGAGUUGCCUCAGCGCCAAGAUUCAGAACUGACAGCCGCUGGUGCCAUUGACAACAGAGACGUGGAUGAGCUGCUAGACUUCAUAAAUAGUUCUGAACCUAAACCUGUCAACAGUGCCAAGGCUGCCAAAAGGGCUCGACACAAACAAAAGAAGAAGGAAAAGGCACAGCAGGGCAACAUGGGUGCUGCAGGCAGUGACCCCCACUCCAAUCCAUCUGAGCCUGUUGACGAGCCCAUCCCCGAUGGUCCAGAAGCCAGCCGACUACUCGACUGGCCUCAGCUGGAACUUGAACGGGUCAACAGUUUUCUCACAAGUCGACUAGAAGAGAUAAAGAACACCAUAAAAGACUCAAUACGGGCCUCAUUUAGCAUGUACGACCUCAAUUUGGAUGUCAAUGACUUCCCAAAGAAGGCAGCCACAUUGGAGGGAAACCAUUUACUGUCCCAUCUCAACGGUUCCUCUGACUUGCAGCAGAUAGACCUGGACCUUUCUCCACUUUCACUGGGAACCUUUAAGAGCCACUUGGACCUGGUUAAUGGAUGGGAGGACACGAAUAUUGCCUCAUCCCCUAACACCACCACAACCACCACUGCCACUUCAUCAGGGCUUAGUGCUGGUUCAAAGGACAUCCAGCGAUUGCACACGACCACCAGUCUCUCAAAACUCAUAAGUGUUCGCUCCCCGGAAAGAUGCACUUCUACUGGAUCUGACAGUUUGCCACAGGUGCCAGCCCAAGCAACGGAUAAAUCAAAGGAAGACACAUCUGAUCCGAAGAAUGUAACUAUUGGGAAUAAUGGUGCAAAAUCAAAGAAGAAUAAAAAGCAGCAGAGACAGGAGCAGUCUGUAUCUGAGCAAACUUCUAAUAAACCAACCAAAGCUGCCUCUGUUAUUGAAGCACUGAAAACCACUGAAUCUAAAGAAAUAGCAUCUAAUGGCUCAAAAUCUGGCAGCAAACAGCUCCAGCAUUCUGCAGACAACCAGAGAAAUGGGCUUAAGAAAGCUGAAGAGGCCAGACCACCCAAACAUGCAACAAAUGGAGCAAAUGGAGGGCCCUUGGGUGCACAAAGGGGGAAAGCUGACACAGAGACACGGGGUGGUCGGUCUGAGCAGGAAUCAGAGAGCAAAGCUCACCCCACCAUUCAAGCUAAUGGGCCUCAACAGCAGCAAUCCAAGGGGAAAAAUAAGAAAAACAAGAAUAAGGGUGAAAAGUCAAGCAGUGCUAUUGAUGAUGUAUUUCUGCCAAAAGAUGUGGAUCCAACAGAAAUGGAUGAGAUUGAUCGGGAAGUUGAAUACUUCAAAAGGUUUUGUCUUGAUUCUGCUAAGCAAACUCGCCAGAAGGUAGCGGUGAACUGGUCCAACUUCAGCCUCAAAAAGGUUCCUUCCAAUGCAGCUCAAUAAGUUGGAUGAGAUCCAGGGGAGAGAAAAAAAUAAACACUUCACACCACAAACUCUUUCAGUAGAGCCCUGUUUGGCCUGAGGCCUUCUCUCAUUCCCAGUUUUUUUUUCUCCUCCUUAAAAAAGCCAAGGGACCCUGGUUCAAAUUCAUACUCCAUUCAGAAGACUGAAACAUUAAUUAUGGCUUACAAGCCAGGGAGUAUUCUCAAGGCCAACUCUACCCUUUGCUAUUACUGCAAUGUUCACUGAAUGAGAUGCAAAAAUGGAGAAAAGUGUUGAAUCAACUGCAUCUAUGUGCUUACGUAUGUAGUAUGUAAACAAUUAUCUUAUAUGAAAUAAAUGGUUUUAUCACAA